UUUCUCCAGUCCACGGUUCUCUUCUACGUCCAUCGUUAUUAGGCUCUCCGCCUCUCUCCUCUCUCUAGGGUUAGGGUUUCUCUCUCCUCAAAGCUGCGCUCCGCUAUUUAAUGGAAGCUUCCCGCCGCUCGUCGCCCCCUUCAUCAUCUCUUCGAUACUGCUACUGCCGCUGCUUACGCCGCUGUUGCCGCUGUUUCUGUUGCUGUUACUGCAAUUAGGGUUUCUGGAGCUUUUCGAUGGAUCUCACUCGUAAUCGAUCGAGCCUUUCUCUAGGUUUCCACUCGCACGCUGAUGAUACCGUCUCCGAAUCUCGAUCGAUCCCUCUCCAGUUGCUCGACCAGCAGUCGGAGAGUCACAGAGAAGAAUCGGUCAACGAUGAAGGAUCCGAAGAAGGUCAAAAGGAGGAGGAAUUCAGUAUUUUAGGCUACACGAUGUGCAUCAAGAGGCAAAAGAGGGAAUCUUCGACUUCUUGCUUGUCGUCCUCUCUUCAUCCUUUGAAUAAACAAGCGGCCGAUCCUGAUCACGAGACGAGAAGAUCAAAUGUCAGAUCUUGGGGGAAUCAGCCUAUCGGCGAGAUCAUGGAGAAAGAGAAGUGUCGGCAGGUGAAAGGGAUUGAGCUGGUCGCGUCUGAGAACUAUGUGUGCCGAGCUGUGCUAGAUGCUUUAGGAAGUCAUUUGACCAACAAGUACUCUGAGGGGAUGCCGGGUGCUCGGUAUUAUGGUGGGAAUCAAUACAUUGAUCAGAUUGAAAGAUUGUGUUGGGAACGAGCUCUUGCUGCCUUUAACCUUGAUCCUGAGUCAUGGGGUGUGAAUGUUCAGCCUUAUUCGUGUACUUCUGCUAAUUUUGCAGUGUAUACAGGGCUAUUGUUGCCAAGCGAUCGGAUUAUGGGAUUGGAUUCACCCUCGGGUGGCCAUGUAAGUCAUGGGUUUUAUACACCAAGUGGGAAGAAGAUAUCGGGGGCUUCCAUAUUUUUUGAGAGCUUGUCAUAUAAGGUGAAUCCUCAUACUGGGUAUAUUGAUUAUGAGAAGUUGGAGGAGAGAGCAAUGGAUUUUCACCCAAAGAUUUUGAUUUGUGGGGGGAGUUCAUAUCCCAGGGAGUGGGAUUAUGCGAGGUUUCGGCAGAUUGCAGAUAAGUGUGGAGCUGUAUUGAUGUGUGAUAUGGCGCACAUUAGUGGGCUAGUGGCGGCUAAGGAGUGUUCGAGCCCGUUUGAAUAUUGUGAUAUUGUCACUUCAACAACACACAAAAGCCUUCGGGGUCCAAGGGGUGGUAUAAUUUUUUUUAGGAAAGGUAAAAAAAUGAGGAAGCAUGGAUUUUCUGUGUGUCAAACAGAUGAGAGUGAGCAAUAUGAUUUUGAAGAUAGGAUAAAUUUCGCUGUUUUCCCAUCAUUACAAGGGGGUCCUCACAAUAACCAUAUUGCGGCUUUGGCUAUAGCCUUGAAACAAGUUGCUACUUCUGAAUACAAAGCUUAUAUCCAACAGGUUAAGAAAAAUGCACAAGCACUAGCAUCAGCCUUAAUGAGAAGAAAAUGCAGACUAGUAACUGGGGGUACAGACAACCAUUUGAUAUUAUGGGAUUUGAGAACAUUCGGUUUAACAGGUAAAAGCUUUGAGAAAGUUUGUGAGGCUUGCCACAUUAGCUUGAAUAAAACCCCUAUAUUUGGUGAAAAUGGUGCUAUUUGUCCCGGAGGUGUGAGAAUAGGCACCCCUGCCAUGACGACGAGAGGUUGUCUAGAGGGAGAUUUUGAGACGAUAGCUGAAUUCCUCCUCAGAGCUGCACAUAUUGCAAGUACCCUUCAAAAGGAGCAUGGGAAGUAUCAAAAGGAAUUUCUCAAGGGACUGCAACAUAGCAGAGAUAUUGCUGAGCUAAGAAACCACGUUGAGACGUUUUCUUCACAAUUUGCCAUGCCUGGGUCAGACCUAGGAUUAUUCAAUGAGUUAUAGGGUGAAAGCCUAAAUAUUUGACAUGUUCAUUUUCCCAUUACCAUCCAAUAUAGCUGUAAAUUUGAGCCUCUUUUGGUUAUGACGUCUCCAUAUAUUAGCAGUAUUAUAUAUAUGAUAACGUAAUAGAGUCAAUAUACCUUUGUCAAGCUACAGGUUGGUGGUUUUUUCUGGAUUACAGAAAAUUGUUUCUUCAGCGUCGGUACAAUAAAGUUUAUACAGCCUUUGAAGUAAUCAUAUGCUACAGUUUACUUAGCAGUACAUAUAGAUUUAGUGGUUCCUGUGUGUAUUGUUCAGGAUAUUAUACAAUCAUUCAUAUGUUUGAUGA